GUAAUAUUCAAUUAAAUUGUUUGCUGUGGGCAACAUCGCUUCGAAGCUUUGAAUAAUGAGCUUGUGUAUAAUUGGGGCGGGCACCGCCGGACUUUGCUGUGCUCGGCGCGCACUUGAGAAUAAUCAAAUUCCGACAGUUUUUGAACUCUCGAAUCAAAUUGGUGGCACUUGGGUUUAUAAUGAGAACACUGGAACAGUCAAUGGCAUCGAUGUGCAUAGCAGUAUGUAUCAGAAUUUACGCACAAAUUUGCCCAAGGAGGUGAUGGGAUUCCCGGACUUUGAAAUCGAUGCAAACAAAGAUUCGUAUAUAUCGUCUCAAGAUAUUUGUUUAUUCCUAAAUCGUUAUGCUGAUCAUUUCCAAUUGAGAAAACAUAUCAAAUUUCAGUCCUACGUAUUGCGGGUCUUGAAGAAAAAGGAUAAAUGGCAAGUGCUCGUUAAGAACCUCUUGACAAAUUCUAUGAAAUAUUACUAUUUUGAUAAAAUCCUCAUUGCAAAUGGACAUUAUCAUACACCAAAUUAUAUACAAAUUCCGAAUGCGAAUCUAUUCAGAGGCGAUUAUAUGCAUAGCCACGAUUAUAGGAAGAGCGACGUCUUCCAAGGAAAACGCGUCUUAGUAAUUGGCGGUGGGCCAAGUGCCUUGGACUUGUCGAAUAUCAUAUCGAAGUCGGCAAAGGAAGUCACGCUUAGCCAUCACUUGGAGGGCAUUUCGAACUCGAUUUUCCUCGAGAACGUCUCGACUAAGCCUGAUGUCAGGGAGUUGAACGAGAAUGGCGCAUAUUUUGUGGAUGGAUCCUACAAGGAAUUCGACACAAUUUUCUACUGCACCGGCUAUAAGUAUUCCUUUCCGUUUCUCAGCAUCAAUGCUGGCAUUUAUGUCGAGGACAAUUGGGUCCAAAUGCUUUACAAACAUUGCAUCAACAUACGAAACCCGACAAUGGCACUGAUUGGCUUGCCAUUCUAUGUGUGCGCCGCGCAAAUGAUGGAUCUGCAGGCACGCUUUGUCUACAGCUACUUUUUUGGCAAAAAUCAACUGCCGUCAGCGAAAGAAAUGUCUGAAGAAGCAAUAAGGAAUAUGAAAAACCUAUUAGCCCAGGGCUACAAGAAGCGACAGGCACAUAUGCUCGGCAACAAUCAGAUGGAAUAUUUUACAGAAUUGGCCAAUGCAGCGCAGAUCGAGAAUAUCAAGCCAGUUAUGGCAAAAUUACAUUGUGAAAGCAGCAACUUAUUCAACGAAAACUUGCUUCACUUUCGGGAAGACAUCUUCAAGAUAAUUGACUGUGAAACAUUCAUUAAAGUUAAUUAA